AUGGAGGAUCCCUUCGGCCCCUCUGCUCCGUGGCCGGCGCCCAACCUCUCCGCCACCCCCGAGGGGCCGGACUGGGGGCUCAACGCGACCGCGGGGCCGGGCUCCCCGCGCCGCGCGCGCCUGGCCGGGCUGGGGGUCCUGCUGCUGGUGGCGGUGGCCGGCAACGCCGCGGCGCUGUGCCGCCUGCGCGCCGGUGCCCGGCGCCGCCAGCUCGACUGCCUGCUGCUGCAGCUGGCGCUGGCCGACCUGGCGGCGUGCGGGGGCGCCGCGCUCUGGCCGCUGGCCUGGGAGCUGGGGGCGCCGCGCGGGGCCCCGGGCGCGCGGGCGUGCGGCGCGCGGCGGCUGCUGCAGACCUGGGCCCGCGGCGCCUCGGCGCACCUGGUGGCGCUCAUCGCGCUGGAGCGCGGCCGCGCCCUGCCGCCCGCCGCCCGCCCGCCGCUGCCCGCGCGCGCCCUGGCCGGCCUGGGCUGGCUGCUGGCGCUGCUGCUGGCGCUGCCCGCCGCCUUCGUGGCGCGGCCCGGGGCCGAGGAGCGGCGCUGCCGCGGCGGCCCGGCGCCCCUGCCGCGCCGCCACCUGCAGCUCUACGCGCUCUACGAGGCCGCGGCGGGCUUCGCGGCGCCGGCCGCCGUCCUGGGCGUCGCCUGCGGCCGCCUGCUCCGCGCCUGGCGCCCGCGGCCGCCGCCCGCGCCCCCGGCCCCCGCGCUGCCCCGCGCCAAGGCGCGCAGCCUGCAGAUGAGCCUGGCGCUGGCGCUGCUCUUCGUGGGCUGCGAGCUGCCCUCCUGCGCCGCGCGCCUGGCGGCCUCCUGGGGGGCCGGCGGCGACGGCGAGCCGCUGGCCGGCGCGCUGCGCCUGGUCGGGGUGGCCGGCUGCGCGCUCGACCCCUUCGUCUACCUCUUCUUCCAGGCAGGCGGCUGCCCGCGCGGGCGGAGGCUGCGGAGGCGCGCGGGCUGCUGCUGCUGCUGCGCGCUCCAGGACGUGGCCGAGGACGCCGGCGGGCUCCGCGGCCACCGGGCGCUGCGCCGCCACCGCUGGCCCGGUCCCCACUACCACCACGCCCGGCGGGGGCAGCCCGAGCGGGCUUACCCGCGCCCACCCCCGCCGCGCCCGCGGACGCUGCCCUGCUCCUGCGAAAGCGUCUUCUAG